AUGGCAGGCAGCUUCCUUUCCUGCCGGGUGUGUCUGCUCAGGACAAUCCAACUCGCUGCUGGACGAGGUAUUGCGGAGGCGCCAACCCUCAGAGCAGCAGCUGCGCAUCGAAGCCAGCGAAGCAGCAGCAGCAGCAGCAGCAGCAGAAGCAGAAGCUAUACGGCGGCGGCGCUGCCUGCAGUCUCGGCUCCUGUCGACGCACCGAGAACCCUACAAGCUCCUCACGGAGAAGAGUCAGAAGCAGUGGCGGAAAAGAAGCAGCACGAGAAGCUGCAGCGCGCCGUCAACAAACACCUGAGCUAUAUGCAGGACCCAUGGAAGAUCGCACGCCACGUCGACCAGACGCUCGCAAAGGAUCGAUUCGACGAAGCGCUGCUCCUGACGCAAAGGGCGAGCAAGGAUCGCCAGGUCGUCGUCGCCUGGAACCACCUCAUUGACUAUCAGCUCGAGAAGCAGCAUCUGAAGAAAGCCAUCACGCUCUUCAACGAGGUAGGUACCCUGGCCAGCUCACCACCCACCGCCCCCCAUACACACCUCUGUUCUGAUAUUCUGACAGACGUCGUAAAACAGAUGAAGAAGCGUGGCCAGUUACCCAAUGUCCAGACUUUCACCGUCAUCUUUCGAGGCUGCGCCAGGUCACAGCACCCCAAAGCCGCCGUCGCCGAAGCCGUCAAGCACUAUAAUGUCCUCAUGGCCGACAAGCGUAUCCAGCCAAACUCGAUACAUCUCAACGCCGUGCUCAACGUGUGCGCCAGGGCAGGAGACCUCGAUUCCAUGUUUCUGAUCGCCGACACCGUCAACGACUCCACACGAGCACCAACUGCAUACACAUACACCACCCUCUUGAACGCCCUGCGCCACAGCGUCUUGAAGGAUACCAAGGACCUGCCCGACGAGCAACGAACAACCAACUUGCAAAGAGUCGUGGACCGAGCAAACGGCCUCUGGAUCGAAGUCAUGGACAAGUGGAAGCAAGGUCGACUCGUCAUCGACGAAGAGCUCGUCUGCUCCAUGGGCCGCGUCUUGUUGCUCUCACCAAAACGCGAGGACAAGCGCCUCGUCCUGGAACUCUUGCAGCAGACCAUGAACGUUCCGAAUCUCGCCAACGCCCCCGGCUCAGACCCCUUCCAAGACGCCGACAUGCAAAACGUCUCCGUCACCAACACCCCCAGAGCCGUCGCUGCGUCCAAGGCCGUCUACGCCGUCCCAAGCCGCAACACCCUCGCCCUGCUCCUGACCACCCUCGCAUCCUCAAAGCUCACUACAGUCGGCAUCAAGUACUGGAACCUCAUGGUCCGCCACUACGGCAUCGUCCCCGACAACGACAACUGGCUCCGCAUGUUUGGCAUGCUCAAGGUAGCCAAGGCCAGCGCCCACGCGGCAUCGAUUCUCGAAAUCCUCCCCGCCGAAUUCGUCCACACCAAGCCCUACCGCAUCGCAAUGGAGACCUGCGUCCGCGACAACAUCAACCCCAACGCCGUUGGCAACUCCACCGCCAUCCUCAAUUCCAUGAUGUCCCGCCUCGACGUCCCGGACAUCCACACCCUCCGUCUCUACCUGCGAGUCGCCCUCGUCAGUCACCAUCAUCUCCGCACCCGCGCCCGGAGCGGCGACCGACAAGGCGCCAAGCGCGACUACGGCGUCCAAAUCGCCUCGGCUCUCGCCAAUCUCUGGGAGCCCUACAAGAAGGUCCACUACCGCUAUUUCAAAGCGACUCCCCCGCCAGCCGACAAAAAGGACGACGGGGUCCUGUACAACAACAAGCGAGAGGUCAUUGCUCUUGCGCGGCUCAUGUUUUCCGCCUUCAACAAGGUCCUCAACGAAAGCAUGCUCCCAGAAGCGGACUUGCGCGAGCUGCGUCCUGUUGGAGCCAAGAUCAACCGGGAAAUUCAAGCCUUCUACUCGAAUCGUGAGCAGGCAGAACCGAAAUUACGACCGUCAUCAAGUAGCGAGCCUGACGUCGAGCCUGACGUCGAGAAUGAAGUCCCGGUCGCCGUCGAGGAUGCUGCUCAUCGGCAGGGCGGAGCCUUUGUAUGGGACACGACAAAACCCGCAGAUCCCGCGUCCUUUCGAAAGCAACGUACUUGA